AUGAAGAUACUCUUUGUAAUAAUUGAUGGUGUAGCUGAUGUUGGUACUCCAGAGACAUAAUUUAAGACUCCACUUCAAUUAGCUGAAAUUCCAACUAUGAAUCAAAUAGCCUCAACAGGACUUGCUGGUUUGAUGGAUCCAGUAGAGCCUGGGCUUUCUUGUGGGAGUGACACAGCUCAUAUGAGUAUUUUUGGUUACGAUCCAUUUACAUUUUAUAGAGGCAGAGGAGCAUUUGAAACUAUGGGUUCUGGAAUUGAUAUGUAAGUAGGAGACAUAGCUUUUAAAUGCAAUUUUGCUUAUAUAGAGAAUGAGAUUGUGAAAUUAAGAAGAGUAGACAGAGAAUUUCCUGAAUGGGGUCUUCCUCUAAUUGAUGCCCUCAAUACUCAAUUAAAGACUUCCAUUUAAAUACAAGCAAAUCAUGCUACAGAACAUCGAAUUGGAUUAAAAGUAGUAUCUAAUGAUUAUUCUGGUGAAUUGACAGAUGAAAUUAUAGGUACUGAUCCACUCAAAGAUAAUCUACCAUUAAGAUAAGCUAAACCAAAAGUACAAAGUGAAAAAGCUAUCAGGACUGCCAAAAUUAUCAAUGAACUAUCUGAUUCAAUCCAUUAAAUGUUAUCUGAACAUCCUAUUAAUAUAUAAAGAUAAUAAUAAGGACUACCCACUGCUAAUAUUGUACUAUUAAGAGGAUGUGGAUAAAGAAUUAAAGUUCAAAACUUUUAAGAGAAAUAUGGUUGGAAAGGAGCUGUUAUUGCACCUACAGCCAUAAUCUAAGGAUUAGGAAAAACUAUUGGAUUGGAAUGGCAUCAUGUUGAGGGUGCUACAGGAGAUUAUAAUAGCAAUUUCAUUAAUAAAGCCAAUAAAGCAAUUGAAUUGUUAGAAAAUGAUUAUGAUUUUGUAUUCUUACAUAUCAAAGCUGUUGAUGAUGCAGGGCAUGAUAAAAAUAAAGAUCUCAAAAUCAAGUAUAUUUAGAAAGUUGAUGAAAUGCUUAGUUAUUUUGUGAAUAAUAUCAAAUUAUAAGAUGCUAUCAUAGCAGUUACUGGAGAUCAUACAACUCCAUAUGCUUAUGGAGAUCAUACUUUUUAAAGUGUUCCAUUUAUAAUUAGCAAAUUAAGUUUAUUAAAUGGAAAAAAGAAUGACAUUUAAUUUAAUGAGAUUUCAUGUUUAAAAGGGUGUUUGGGUAGAUUUUGUGGAAAAUAAGUGAUGUAGAUUAUAAAAUAGUAUAGUUCAUGA